ACUUGCUUUCUUUUCAAACUCACUCUCUCACUAGCCCAGGUGAUAUUUUCGCUUGUGUUCCACCGUUUCUGGUUUUCUUGGCCCUCCACACCCUGCAUGGAGACCCAUAGAUUCACCUUGUCCUUCAAUUAUGCCCUGUUUCUAGUUGUUAUACUGUCUUUUCUAUCUAUUGAAGGUGGUUUAGCGUCUCGGCUCAACCGGUUUGAGCCUGGGAUCCUCAUGCCCACAGAGGAAGUUGAACCAGGAGUUGAUGAUGAUCAACUUGGCACAAGAUGGGCAGUUCUCGUGGCCGGAUCAGGGGGUUACGGAAAUUACAGGCAUCAGGCCGAUGUUUGCCAUGCAUAUCAGCUUCUAAGAAAAGGAGGCUUAAAAGAGGAGAACAUAAUAGUUUUUAUGUAUGAUGAUAUAGCUAAAAAUGAAUUGAAUCCAAGGCCUGGGAUUAUCAUCAACCAUCCACAGGGAGAAGAUGUAUAUGCCGGUGUGCCUAAGGAUUACACCGGCGAGCACGUUACUGCUAAGAAUCUGUAUGCAGUACUUCUUGGUGAUAAAAGUGCUGUCAAGGGUGGAAGUGGCAAGGUUGUAAAUAGCAAGGCAAAUGAUAGGAUCUUCUUGUACUAUACUGAUCAUGGAGGCCCUGGAGUUCUUGGGAUGCCAAAUCCGCCUUUUGUGUAUGCAAUGGAUUUCAUCGAGGUUUUGAAGAAGAAACAGGCAGCUGGGGGCUACAAAGAAAUGAUUAUAUAUGUAGAAGCUUGUGAAAGUGGGAGUAUUUUCGAAGGGAUCAUGCCCAAAGAUCUAAACAUUUAUGUCACUACAGCAUCAAAUGCACAAGAGAAUAGCUUUGGAACUUACUGUCCUGGGAUGGAGCCUCCUCCACCUCCAGAAUUCAUCACCUGUUUAGGGGAUUUGUACAGUGUUGCUUGGAUGGAGGACAGUGAAUCGCACAAUCUGAAGAGAGAAACGUUAAAUCAACAGUAUAAGACGGUAAAGGCCAGGACUUCUAAUUGUAAUACUUAUAAUGCUGGAUCUCAUGUGAUGGAAUAUGGGAAUACAAGCAUCAAAGCAGAAAGGGUCUAUUUAUAUCAAGGUUUUGACCCUGCAAGUGUGAACUUCCCUCCAAAAAAUGGCCAUAUCAGUGCACCUAUGGAUGUUAUUAACCAGAGGGAUGCAGAGCUUCUCUUCAUGUGGCAAAUGUACAAAAGGUCAAAAGAUGGGUCAGAAAAGAAGACACGAAUCCUCCAGCAGGUCACUGAGACAAUAAAGCAUAGAAAGCACUUGGAUAGUAGCAUAGAAUUGAUUGGAACUCUAUUGUUUGGACCCCAAAAAAGUUCUUCCAUCCUUCAUUCUGUUAGAGGACCCGGCUUGCCCCUGGUAGAUGACUGGAAUUGCUUGAAAUCAAUGGUUCGUGUGUUUGAAACACACUGCGGAUCAUUGACCCAGUAUGGCAUGAAACACAUGCGUGCAUUUGCUAAUAUUUGCAACACAGGGGUCUCUCAAGUCUCCAUGGAAGAAGCUGCUACUGCCAUGUGCAACGGCCUUGACGUCGGACAAUGGCAUCCAUCAAGCCAAGGUUAUAGUGCUUAAUACAAAGAAUAGGACAACAGUUACGAAAGUGUUGCUACUUAUUGCAAGUUUUUGUUGUAGGGCUAUAAUAAAGCUGUAGAUGCUGUAGGCUCCUUGUGUGGUUUUAUUCAUCCAAUGCUCUUAAAGCCCACUUGCGAAGAAUUGUCCUAUUGUUUUGGGCCCAUCUAUAGAUGAUAACUCUAUUCCUUCA